CUCUUUAAUCCAGUGCUUUGACUGAUUCCUUCACCACACUUGCGUGUAAAGCAAAGCGUCCAUUCCCGUUCCUCGUCUUGCUUGCCAUGCAAAUAGAGCCAUAUAGAGUACAUCAUCGCAGCUUGGAUCCAUCCUCCACUCUCAUACAUCGUCGAUCCCAUAACCGUCUUCUCUUUGAGGCUGCUGUGCUGAUAAAGGCAGAGCCAUCGUUUCCGGAUAACGCUCCGCAUCCUCUGCCUUUCUUUCCUCUGGGUUAGAACAACACUAGGUGGUUUUGAGACAUGGGCGACGAGGAUAGCGCAUACUAUCUCCUGGAGAGCAGGUUACGCGAUCCAAGCGCUGACCCGACUGAUCUACCCUUGUCACUCUUCAAAUCAAUCACCAAUAAUUUUUCCGAUAAAGAAGUAAUCGGUAGCGGAGGAUUUGGAGUGGUUUACAAGGGAGUGCUUCCCAGUGGAAUAUUUGUUGCUGUGAAGAAACUUUCCGACGCUUUAGUUGAAGACAAGUUGUUUCAGGACGAGGUUGCUUGUCUCAUAAGGGCCAAGCACAGAAAUAUAGUUCGGUUACUUGGCUAUUGUGCAGACACACAAGGAAAAAUUACAGAAUACAAAGGGGAGCUCAUAAUGGCGAAAGUACGAGCAAGGCUGCUAUGCUUUGAGUAUGUAUCUGGAGGUAGCCUGGACAUGCACCUUGAAGAUGAAUUUUGCGGGCUUGAAUGGCAUCAACGCUACAUAAUAAUUAAGGGAAUUUGUCAUGGCUUGCGCCAUCUUCACGAGGAACAGAAAAUUAUCCAUAUGGAUCUCAAGCCUCAGAAUAUAUUGAUGGAUCCUAAUAUGGUACCAAAAAUUACAGACUUUGGAUUGUCAAGACUUAUUGGCAUACAACAAAGUCGUAUUAUCACCAUGAACAAUUUUGGAACACUGGGUUACAUGGCACCAGAGUACUCCCACCAUGGAACCAUCAAGUUCAAGUCAGACAUAUACAGUCUGGGCGUAAUACUUCUAGAACUUAUAACAGGAACAAGGAUGCCACCCAAUAUUGAAAAUGUGCACAAAAACUGGAAGAACAGGCUGCAGGAAACAUUAAGCUAUUCAUCAGUUGAAGCAUCCUACAAACAGGUAAAGAGAUGUGUCCAAGUAGCACUCAACUGUAUGGAAACUGACAGUGAAAAACGACCCAGUAUAGGGGAAAUUGUCAAGAUACUAAAUGAAAUUGAAACUGGUUACGAAGAAGAUGAAACACCAACAUCCACUCAGCUGCUUUGCAUCCACCCCCUGGAGCUCCGGUUCCCUUUUAAGCCAAAUCACUCGAUCACCUGCCCAUUGCACCUAACCAAUAAUACAGAUCACCGAGUUGCCUUCCGGCUCCAGCCGGAGAGACUGGAGAGGUACUUCACCGAGUGGCUAUGUGGUGUCGCUCCCCCGAGGUCUACUUACACCCUCAUCGUGACGAUGAGAGACCGGCAGCAGUCACUGCCAGCCACGGAUGAGUUUCUGAUCGAGCAGAGCAGGCUAAGGGGGGAGACCGAGCUUAAGGAUAUCAGCCAAGGAAAAGCCGAAACCGAGUAUGACAAUUUCUUUACAGAAGUUAAAGAGAAGGGCGUUGAUCCAGUUCUUGAGCAAACGUUGACAGCUGUAUGUGACCCAGAAGGAAAUAUAACCGCUGAGAUCAUAUCGACAGUGGAUUUUGAUAAAAUGGUUUCCAUGGAUGUACAUCCCACGAAGCCAUGGAUUAUAACAAGCCAUUUCAAUGGUCACAUAUGCAUUUGGAACUACCAGACAAAGGAAAUGGUUAACUCAUUUGAAGUCACGAAGGAACAAGAAGUUUUGACGGCUAAAUUUAUUGCCCAGAAGGAAUGGAUUGUGGCUGGUGGUGGCGAUGGUCGCAUUUAUGUUUACAGUUAUAAUACAAUGAAGAAAGUCAAGGUUUUCAAAGCUCUCAGCGAGCAGAUCACUUCUUUGGCUAUUCAUCCAACCAAGCCUUAUGUACUUUCAGCAUCCUAUGACUUCGUAAUUAAGCUGUGGGACUGGGAAAAUGGCUGGAAGUGCACUAGGAUAUUUAAUGAAGAGCACUCCAGUUCUGUGAUGCAAUUAGUAUUUAACCCCAUGGACCCUAAUGCUUUUGCUAGUGUUUCCAUGGACAAGACAAUUAAGAUUUGGAGUGUUGAUUCUCCCCAUUCUAACCUCACAUUGGAUGGCCACUCAUCCAAUGUAAGAUGUUUGGAUUAUUUUACCCAUGGUGGUAAGCAAUACUUGUUUACAGGAUCCGAUGAUGGGACUGCCAAGAUUUGGGACGUGCAGAAAAAGAUAUGUGUUAAAACACUCGUAGGGCAUGCAAAUAGAGUCAGUACCGUCUAUGCCCAUCCCCAGCUUCCAAUACUGAUGACAGGUUCACGUGACGGGACUGUUCGUCUUUGGAACACAAGUACUUUCAGGCUUGAGCGCAUACUUAACUUUGGCCUCAGAAAAGUUCAUGCACUCGGAUGUAUGAAAGGCUCAAGAAGGGUUGUGAUCGGGCACAGCUAUGGAUUAGCUACUAUGGAGAUUUGACCAUGAAGAAUGACAUGUCAUCACCAUGGGCAGGAGAUGAGGCCCAGUUCUUUUCGCGCAGGAUUCUGUAGAAUCAUGAUUUUGGAAAAAUUCUCGUGGAAUCUGCUUCCCCCAGAAUCUGAUGUUGAGUUCUUUUCUGAGAUUGUAGUUUGAAAUUCUGGAAAGAGUUGUGUGCUGACAUGUCUGUACUACCCUUCGAGAUAAAUUGUUUGAUGAAUUGUUAACACUUUGUUGUUUC